GCAGAGACUUCCGCUCCUGCGGCGCGUGGUCCGUUCGCCCUCGUUUCUUUUGCCACGCGCAUAAUCCCCUCGCCUUUUCCCGGGGAGCAGCUGCGCUCCCCGCUCUCGAUCCCGCCGCAGCGAUGCUGGUUUUGUUUGAGACGGCGGCUGGGUACGCCAUCUUCAAGGUUAUAGAUGAGAAAAAGCUUCAAGAAAUUGAUAAUUUAUGGAAAGAGUUUGAAACACCUGAAAAAGCUAAUAAAGUCGUAAAACUGAAACACUUUGAGAAGUUUCAAGACACAACAGAAGCUCUUGCAGCAUCCACAGCACUGGUAGAAGGCAAAAUCAGCAAAAAUUUAAAGAAAAUCUUAAAGAAAAUAGUAGCCAAAGAUGCCCAUGAACAGCUAGCUGUAGCAGAUGCCAAACUGGGAGGUGUAAUCAGGGAGAAACUGAACUUAAGUUGUAUCCAUAGUCCAAUGGUUACCGAGCUGAUGAGGGGCAUUCGCACUCAAAUAGAAGGACUUAUCAGUGGCCUUCCAUCCCGGGAGAUGGCAGCUAUGUGUUUAGGACUGGCACACAGCCUCUCACGAUAUAAAUUGAAGUUCAGCCCAGACAAAGUUGAUACAAUGAUUAUCCAAGCAAUAUCUCUUCUUGAUGACUUGGACAAAGAAUUGAAUAACUACAUUAUGCGUUGUAGAGAAUGGUAUGGGUGGCAUUUUCCUGAACUGGGCAAAAUUAUCACAGAUAAUCUAGCAUACUGUAAAUGUGUACAAAAAAUUGGAGACAGAAUAAACUUUUCCUCUUCUGAUCUGUCUGAGCUCCUUCCGGAGGAGGUGGAAGAAGAAGUGAAAGCAGCUGCAGAGAUCUCCAUGGGGACUGAAGUGUCAGAAGAAGAUAUAAGCAAUAUACAGCAUCUUUGUGAUCAGGUUAUUGAGAUCUCUGAAUAUCGAGCAACACUGUAUGACUAUCUGAAAAAUAGAAUGAUGGCCAUUGCACCUAACCUCACUAUUAUGGUGGGAGAACUAGUAGGAGCAAGGCUUAUUGCCCAUGCUGGUUCCCUGCUGAAUCUAGCGAAGCAUCCAGCAUCAACAGUUCAGAUUCUGGGAGCUGAGAAAGCACUUUUUAGAGCACUGAAGACUAAGCGUGACACUCCAAAGUUUGGUCUGAUUUAUCAUGCUUCCCUUGUAGGGCAAACAACAGCUAAAAAUAAAGGAAAGAUUUCACGUAUGCUAGCAGCCAAAACAGCUUUGACUAUUCGUUAUGAUGCCCUUGGAGAGAGCACAAGUGCUGAGAUGGGAGCCGAGAACAGAUUGAAAGUAGAAACAAGAUUACGGCACCUGGAGGAGAAAGGAAUAAGACGAAUAAGUGGUACUGGAAAAGCUGUGGCCCGUGCUGACAAAUACCAGCACAAGAGUGAAGUGAAGGUCUAUGAUCCUUCUGGGGAAUCUACGCUCCCUCUGGUCCCAAAGAAGCGCAAAGAACGGGAAGAGAAUGAAGAACAGGCAGUUCCACAAAAGGCAAAGAAGGCUAAAAUAGAAAUCAAAGAAGAGGAACAGGAUGAGGAUGAGCAAGUUGAACAAGAGGAGGAACAUGUUAAAGAGAAGAAAAAGAAAAAGAAAAAACAGAAAACUCAGGAAACAUCUGUUUGGGUAGAAGAGAAUGCAGAGGAGCCAUCGACCAGUAUGGUGGUGGAGAAUACAGAAAAAAAGAAAAAGAAAAAGAAGAAAAUUAAAGAAGAGCUAGAAGAUUAAGAACAGGGAGUUUUCUUGGAUGGUUUGGCUCACAUUUGGACUUGGGGGAGAUUAAUUUUUGAAAUAGAUUUUUGUCUAAUCAUUAAGAUCAAGAAACUGUAUAUUUUCCUUCAAUAUUUUGUUUUUAAAGCUGAUCUUAGUUUUAACAUUGCCCUGUUAUGGUUAUAGUUUUGCUUCAGUAACACUAUAAACUGUUGUGAAAUUGCUUAUCAAAAAAGUAGUAUGAUUGCUUGAAAUGAGUAACAAUGUGUCUCCCUUCUCAAACAAAACCCCCUACUGGGAUGAAUUGGAUUACUAUCAAUUUAAUUUUAUGAAGAAAAUUUUCAAAGAUCUUUUCUUGCAACAACAUUUAGCAGAUAGGAUGCAGCAUGGUUCUAUUGCAGAACAUGCUAAAAUAAUGCAUACAGAAUAGUUUUAUUGAAUAUAUACAAAUUAUUGAAUAUAUACAAAUAAUGGCCUUUUAAAUUUUUAACAGAAAUAGAACUAUGCCCAAUUGAUACAGAGAAACAGCAUUCUUUAAAAAAAAAAAAAAAAGUACAAUCAGCACUACUCAGUUAAAUCCCUUUACAGGUAGUCCUUGGGUUAUGAUGGAAAUUGGGACCAGAAUUGUGGUCAUAAAGCAUGAUGUUUGACUUACCCGAGCAACUUACAACCUGCCCCCACCUCCCAGCUUCCCCGUUGACUUUGCUUGUGUGAAGCCAGCAGGGAAGAUUGAAAAUGGCUAUAACCUUUAUAAGUGCAAACUGAUUGUCAAGCAUCCAAAUUGUGAUUGUAUGACAGGUGAAACUUCAAUGAGUGGGAUAUAAGUCCCCUUGUUCAGCACCAUUGCAGCUUCAAAUGGUAGCUGUGUCAGUAUUUGGUAAGCAAGAAACCAAGUUGUUUCCUUUCUCUUCACCCCACUCUUUGUACUGCUGGUUGAGAAGCAGGAACUAGCCCAAAUUCACAUGAACUGUUGCGCCCCUGAUUUCCGUGACCUUCAGAAGCAGCAAGAAAGGGCCAGCAGAAAAAGAGGCAAUAUCAGGAGAAUUAAAAAGUUCUCUGCAAGAAGAAACUUCUGGGUCCUAGUGGAAACCACAAACUUUACAGGACAACUUUAGCAUGAAAAGGGCAUGGGAAGAUACUGACAGGUAUCCCUGAAUAAAAGUGAUGUGACAGCUUUGAUAUUUCACCAAAUGGUAUUUAUGGUAGAGUACGAUUUGUGUUUUGCCAACCAGAUACCCCUUUUGAAAUCUUAUAUCCAAUACUUUCUUCGCUAUGUCCCAAAUGAUACUGAUUAUAAAGAGAAAAGAUUGGUCUA